CACUAGUUAUACCAACAAUUGGAUAUACUCUCCUAGAAGUGGACAGUAUAGCUGAUGUUAAUAAAGCUAAAUUUCAAUUUAUUAAAUUUGAGGGGGUUGAUAUCGAUGUUUUUUCAAAAAAUAAGGAACAUUAUUCUGUCCAAUUAAUGAAAGAGACAAAAGAUGACUCUGAAUUUGACCUUGCAGAUUCGUUCGAUCAAAAACUUGAAAUUUCUCCUUCAGGAGGUGGAUUCACAACAUCUGAAAAAUUGGAUAGUUGCUUAAAUGAUAUCUAUUCACAACUUUCAAAAGCUGAUCCAACUGAUUCCGAAAGAAGAGAGUUCCGUAGAUGGGGGAAAAAAUAUUGUACAUCGUUCCAACAAAGCGCACCUCAAAUCUUGGAAAAAAUGUCUUUACUUGAAAAAGGAUUCAAUUUUAAAGAAGAUAAAAGAAGCGAAAUAACUUCUAAAAACAAAGACAAAGGGAGUAUUGCUAUAUAUUUUGAUCAAGAUUCAUCAAGAAGAAAACUUAAGUUGCAUUGGAAUGAAGAUGAUCGUUCAUGGAAAAUAACAAAAUGUGUGCGUAGCAUCAAUCGAAUGGGUAAGUUCAUUAUUAUAAUACGAAAUUUUUUAAAAAUUGAUUUUUGUUGAAAACUUGU